AUGAAUGAAACGAGAAAUAUAACAGAUUUAUUUACCAAUAAUGAUAAUCCAUGUCCAAAUUUACGACAAAUUCUACGUCCUGUAUUAUAUAUUCAUAAUUAUUCAAUAUUUUUAUUUGGUUCAAUAUCAAAUUUUCUUGCAUUUAGCGUUUUGAUGCAAAAAUCAUUACGUCGUCAUUCAACAUUUGCAUAUUUGGCAUUUUUAUCAUUAUCUAAUGCUCUUUUAUCAAUUGUAAGAUUUAGCCAAUAUAUGUUUGCAUUUUAUUGGAAAUUAACUGCUGAAACAGGGCCAUUAUUUUUUUGUCGAUUUUAUCGUUUUGGAUUAGAUGCGUUAACACAUUUUAGUUUAUUUACAUUAAUAGCCGUAAAUAUUGAUCGAGCAAGAACUGUAACAAUAACAAAACGUAAUGAAAAAUUUAAAAAAUCAGAAUUUAGAACAGUUUUAUUGAAAGAAUCGAUUUUGGCCAGUGUAUUAUGUCUAAUCCAUUUACAUUGGUUACUCAAAUUUGGACAUGUACCAGGUUUGAAUGGUAAACGUACACUAUGUAGUUAUGAUGAGAAUCGUACAUCAACAUUUUAUUUAUAUUUUUUACAUUCAUUUUAUCCACCAUUUGAAUUAAUUGUUUUUUUUUGUAUUCCAUUAUUUAUAAAUGUUAUUUGUACAAUCAUCAUUGUACGAAGUUUACGUUUGCGUAUGCAAACAGCAAAACGCUAUCGUUCAAAACCGUCAAUUGUUGUUGUAGAUGCACCAAAAUUAUCAUUAACAUCAGCAUCAUCGACUGUUCAUCCUUGUUUCUGUUGUUUAUGGCAAUGUCGAAAACAAAAUCAAAUGCGUUUAAGUAUUUGUCGAGCAAAAAAAAAUAGUUUAAUACAAUUUGAAUUGGAAACUGAACAAUUAAAUCAAGAUCAAACAACUGUUACAACAACAUUAACAAAAGCACUUGAAACUAAACAAAUGAAAUACCGUCGAACCAGAGAUUUUCAUUUAAGUGCUAUGUUAAUUGCAUUAAAUAUUUUGUUUCUAUUUAUGAAUUUACCCUUUAAUAUUUAUACAACGUUUAUUGUUCAACGUAUGCCAGAUCUUUGUUCAAGAAAUUUUGUUCAUCAAUUACUUGAUAUUCUUCAAAUAACAUUUUUUUCGUCCAAUUUUUUCUUAUACGUAUUAACAAAUAGAAGAUUUCGUGAAGAAUUUUGUAAUGCCGCUAUUAAAUUAUUAUCAAAAGAUAAAACAACUCAAGGACGAAAUAGAAAUGCUCAAGUAACAAAUACAGCUCCUAUUACUACCACUAGUGGUUAUAUGGAUGGAGGAAAUGGUGGAACAAUAACACAAAAUUAUGAUAGUACAGUAUCACAAGAUAUUGAUAAUGGAAAUACGUUUAUUGCUAAGAUAAUUAUGUGUAAAAACAAGUAUGAAAAUCUACCAAAAGACUUUGAUGGUAGUUUGUAA